AGCAGACCAGAGAAAAGAGAUGACUCGCGGUGCUCAGAAAGCGUUUUGUCUGGAGAGUGGGGAGUUUCUGAACGUUGAGACUCAUUGCGCCAGGGUUUGAAUCUGGAUUGAAGAGUUCGCCUGUGGCAGUAGUUCUAGCUUGGUCAUGUCUUUUCUCAACCUCACGGACGCCUCCUCUCUGAGCGCCCCCAACUGCUCUGUCCCCCUGGCGCCGGCCGCUCCUCCGUACAACUUCUACGCCGUGCUGCUGGUGUUGCUCAUCUUCUGCGUGGUAUUCGGGAACGUGCUGGUGUGCGUGGCCGUGUCCAGGGAGCGGGCUCUGCAGACCACCACCAACUACCUCAUCGUGUCGCUGGCCGUGUCUGACCUGCUGCUCGCCACCCUGGUCAUGCCCUGGGGCGUCUACCUGGAGGUGGUGGGGGAGUGGCGUUUCAGCCGCCUGCACUGUGACGUCCUGCUCACUCUGGACGUCAUGAUGUGCACCGCCAGCAUCCUCAACCUGUGCGCCAUCAGCAUCGACAGGUACACAGCGGUGGCCAUGCCUAUGCUCUAUAACACACGAUACAGCUCUAGACGGCGGGUGGCUCUGAUGAUUGCCGUGGUCUGGUUCCUGUCCUUCGCCAUCUCCUGCCCCUUGCUGUUUGGCCUCAACAACACAGCAAGUCAGGAGGGUCGUGACUGCAGCUUCGCUGACCCGGCGUUCGUGGUCUACUCCUCGGUGGCCUCGUUCUACGUGCCGUUCAUAGUCACGCUGCUGGUGUACGCGCAGAUCUGCGUGGUGCUGCGCAGGAGGGGCAGACGCACCGCCCCCUCACGCAGACACGGCCUGACCGCAGACACCGCACACAGACCCAGGAAGAAUAAAUGCACCCACCCAGAGGAUGUGAAGCUGUGUACCCUUAUUCUGAAGCCCCCAGCCACAGCCCCCCCACGCAAGAAGGUGACGUUGGUGAAGGAGGCCGUGGUUCACCCUCCGGAGGUGGACCCCAUGUGUUUUCUGCCUCAGAAGGAGUCGCCUCAGACGUCGCAGCCUCAGCCCCAUGGAGUCCAGCAGCCCCAUGGAGUCCAGCAGCCUCAGCCCCAUGGAGUCCAGCAGCCCCAUGGAGUCCAGCAGCCCGCCGCCUGCGCGCGCGUCUCCCUCUCGGCCACCGUGGCUCCGGCCGCUGCAGCACCCCCCACGGUCCCUGCCGCCCGCUCGGCCCUGGUCCCCCGGCGGGCCACCUUCCAGGCGGAGGUGCACGCCCGCGAGGGAUGGAGGGAGAGGAGGCUGGAGAGGGAGAAAGGAGGGAUGACGAAGGAGAGAGUGCGGGGGAGGCUCUCACAGCAGAAGGAGAGGAAGGCCACUCAGAUGCUGGCCAUCGUGUUAGGAGUGUUCAUCAUCUGCUGGCUGCCCUUCUUCCUGACCCACGUACUGAAGGCCCACUGCGGCAGCUGCUGCAUCUCGCCGUCCCUGUACAGCGUGGUCACCUGGCUGGGCUACCUCAACAGCGCUGUCAACCCCGUCAUCUACACCACCUUCAACAUCGAGUUCCGCAAGGCCUUCAUCAAAAUCCUCCACUGCUGAAGACGAGGAUGGAGAGAGGGAGAGAGCAUAUGAUGAAGAAAGGAAGGAAGAGUCAGAAGGACAAAAUGAGAAAAGGAACAGAAGUGAACUAAAGUGUGGAGGAGUGGAGUCAGAAGGUAGAUGUGAUGAAAUCCAAAAACAAAAAGAUGAUAAAAUCUCAUGCAAAGCAGAACUAUAGAAAAUGAUGAACUGUCAUUUUGAAAUGUUUUUCUUUUGUGAUUUCUCAGCCUUUAACUCAAUCUUGACUCACAAUUUUUCGGGAGCUGUCCCUUUCAAGUCUUUUUGAAAUAAUAUCGGAUGAGUGCAGUGGACGAUAGUGCUAAUCACGGACCCAGUGAUCAAAGAAAGCUUCCUUUGAAUCUGAGCUUGUGCUGAAUGGCACUGUAUGUCCACUGGAGCAGCAUGUUGAAGGGAUCACGCCUCCGCUCAUGGGUGUCAAUUUACCUCUAGAGGGAACAAACACAUUGAGAGCCCAAUGGAGGUCAGUAUACUGUAGGGUGGGCUGUAAGUCUCUUGUUUUCUUUUUGCCUGUGAUAUGCUAAGACUGGCACUAGCUAGCACCCAUGGGUGCUACUCUCCUAAAGAUCUCCUAGUCUUCUGAUGUCCAAGGUUGCCGGUUAGAUCCCAAUGCUGUAUUCAGGCGACAUGUGAUUUCAUAUCAUGCACCACUAUGGAAAGAAACUCAAUGGAGUUGGAGAAAUGUUAAUGACUGGACCUCCGUUUUGGCCUGGAGUCGUGGAAGUGCAGUAGCCUUAUAGAUAACAGAACAUUGGACAUCUGUGACUGAAUUCAAUGUAUAAAUUGUACAUUUAAAGCUAAUACCACAAUGCAAUGUUACACAUGGCCCUUCUGGAAAUAAUGUGAAUUAAGGCUUUCCUUAAACAUGUUUAUGCCUAAUGAAGGCUCAGAAAAAUAAAUAAAACUGUAUACAGCA